AUGCCUCCCGUAUCUGCGUCCAAGGCCAAACGCCAAGCGUAAGUAGAUGCGCUUGGUCCAAGCUAAUUCACUUCUUUGGCUGGCUAAGCAAACUGACGUCGAUUUGUUCAUACGGCCCCCACAGCGAGAAGGCGGCCAAGGCUCAGGCCAAGGCGGAGGCCAAGGGUGAGACCGCUUCCACUGCCACUUCAACCUCUGCCAAGACCGGCGACUCCACCGCACCCACCAGCGUGAAUGGCGAUGAGGUGGAAGAGAUUGACAUGAAGAAGCUCGCUCUGGCCACUGACCGCAAUGCGUCAGGUGUGCUCACUAGCGACCCUCAAGGCCGAGACAUUCAUAUCGACAGCUUCACCAUGAGCUUUCAUGGCCGUCUUCUUGUCGAUGGUGCUAGCGUAGCACUCAAUUACGGACAAAGAUAUGGUUUGCUGGGAGAGAACGGAUCAGGAAAGACUACUUUUUUGGAAGCUCUGGCCAACAGAGACGUCGAAAUUCCUGGGCACGUCGACAUUCACUUGGUGCGCGGUGAGGUCGAGCCGUCGGAGGAGAACGGAUUGGAGUACUGCAUCAAGAGCGCUCAGGAGAAAGUUGCCCGUCUCGAAAAGGAGAUCGAGGACAUGUCCACCGCUGAUGCUGUAGACGAGGUUGGACUCGAGCUCAAAUACGAAGAAUUGGAGGAGCUUGACCCAAGCACGUUUGAGGCCAAGGCAGGCGCCAUUCUGCAUGGUCUCGGAUUCAGCAAGACGAUGAUGAACAAGCCGACCAAGGAUCUUUCUGGAGGUUGGCGUAUGCGUGUCGCCCUUGCUCGUGCUCUUUUCAUCAAGCCCCACCUCUUGCUCCUGGAUGAACCUACGAACCAUUUGGAUCUUGAAGCAGUCGUCUGGCUCGAAGCAUACUUGUCUACCUACAACCAUAUCCUUGUCUUGACAUCCCACUCUGCUGACUUCAUGGACUCCAUCUGCACCAACAUCAUGGAUCUGACCCACCACAAAACGCUGGUCUACUACGGCGGUAACUACACCACCUACGUGCGUACCAAGGCAGAAAACGAGACGAACCAAAUGAAGGCGUACGCCAAGCAGCAGGAGGAGAUUGCUCAUAUCAAGAAGUUUAUUGCGAGUGCCGGUACUUACGCCAAUUUGGUCAAACAAGCCAAGUCGAAGCAAAAGAUCAUCGACAAGAUGGAAGCUGCCGGCUUGAUCCAACCUGUCACUACACCUCGACCUUUGCGUUUCAACUUUGAGGAUGUGCGCAAGCUGCCGCCUCCUAUCAUUGCAUUCAACGAGGUGGCUUUCAGCUACAGCGGCAAAAAGGAGGACUAUUUGUACAAGGACCUGUCUUUCGGUAUCGAUAUGGACAGUCGUGUCUGCAUUGUGGGACAAAAUGGUACCGGUAAAUCUACCCUGCUGAACCUGAUCACCGGAGCCCUCAUGGCAGUGGAAGGCUCAGUACAGAGGCAUGCCGGCCUCAAGCUUGCCAAGUACAGUCAACACUCUGCCGAUCAGCUGCCGUACGACAAGUCACCGCUUGAGUACAUCGAGUCCAAGGUGAGCAAGGAUGCGAAAUACAAGUCUCUGAAGCGUCUUUGCUGACCCGCCACGCGCUUCCUCGUUUCCUUUGUAGUACAAGGAGCAGAUGCCAGAGAAGGGAGUGCAAUUCUGGCGCCAGCAGAUUGGUCGUUUCGGCUUGACGGGCGCCCACCAAACUAGCGCCAUCAAAACUCUGUCCGAUGGAUUGAGAAACAGAGUCGUCUUUGCUCAAUUGGCCAUGGAGAACCCACACAUCUUGUUGUUGGACGAGCCCACGAACCACCUGGACAUGUCUUCGAUUGAUGCGCUGGCCCAAGCUAUCGUCGAAUUUGAAGGCGGUGUAGUAGUCGUCUCGCACGAUUUCAGAUUGCUGUCCAAGAUUGCAAACGAGAUUUGGGAGGUAAAGGAUGGAAAGAUUAUCAACCUCAGCUCCCGUGAUAUCGACAUUGGAACCUACAAGAAGCAGCUGAUGAAGAACAGUGCGGCGGCUAUCGAGAAAGCCAAGCUCACUGCCAAGGGUAAGGCAUGA